AUGAAGAACGACGACCUUGAUCUCGCCGGUUCCGGAAAUGAUGAUCAGGUUUCCGAUCAUGAUGAUCAUCAUCUUGAUGAUGAUAAUGAAGACGACUACGACGACGAUAAAAACUAUCAAGAUUUAGAAGCUUACAACGACACCAUUAUCUUUUGUGAUGAUGAUGAUGAUAAUGAAAAUGUGGUUUCGACUACGGCGUGGCCUCAAAGCUAUAGGCAGUCAAUGGAUUUUUACACAAGUGUGAGUCCACCUCUUCCAAUGGUGCUUUUGUGUGGAGUGAGAACAAGCAAAAUGUCACCAAGAUAUGCUGAUCCACAUGAUUUAUUUCUGAAUAAACCCUUGCUUGUUGAUUCUAGUCCAACCAUUUUUAAUAAUAACAAAAAACUCUCUGUUGAUCAAUCUAAUUCAAACGAAGAAGUGGAUCAAGAAAAACAAGAAGAUAGCACUACUACUCCAACAUCUUUUUCGUACCCAAAACUUCCUGGUUCUACCGAGUUAUUGCCACCAUCAAAGCAACAAUCUUCAAGCACUGCUCAAGCAUUGCUCAAUGGAAUUAAUGUUCUGUGUGGUAUAGGGCUCCUUACAACUCCAUAUGCUUUGAAAGAAGGAGGGUGGCUAAGCCUGACAUUUGUUGUAGUGUUUUCUGUUAUAGCUUGUUAUACUGGUAUAUUGCUCCAGCGAUGCUUAGAGAGCAAUUCUGGUCUCAAAACUUACCCAGAUAUUGGCCAAGCUGCAUUUGGCCGGGCUGGUCGCCUAGCCAUAGCUAUUGUUUUGUAUUUCGAGUUAUAUGGUAGUUGUGUGGAGUUUAUAACCAUGAUUAGUGACAAUGUGACAUCGGUGUUCUCAGACAACAUUUCUAUGAGUUUCGAUGGAAUAUUCGAUCUCAACUCUCAUCAAAUCUUCGCCAUUGCAGCAGCUCUAGUCAUUCUUCCAACUGUUUGGCUUAAAAAUCUUAGUCUGCUCUCAUACUUCUCUAUUGGAGGAGUGGCUUCAUCAAUAUUGGUGGCGCUUUGCUUGUUAUGGACUGGUGUGGUGAACAAAGUUGGGUUUCAUGGGCGUGGACCAAUCUUGGAUAUUGCAAAUCUGUCCUCAACAAUUGGCAUAUAUGGUUAUGCUUUUUCUGGGCAUUCAGUUUUCCCAAAUAUCUAUACUUCAAUGAAAAAACCCUCAAGAUUUCCAUUCGUUUUGAUUGGCAGCUUUUUUUUCUGUGGUUUUCUGUACAUUGGAGUUGCUGUGUGUGCCUUUCUAAUGUUUGGAGACUCAGUUCAAUCUCAGUUCACUUUGAACAUGCCCAAACAAUUUGUUGCUUCUAAAAUUGCAAUUUGGACAAUGGUGGUGAAUCCAAUAACCAAGUAUGCCUUGACACUCACACCUGUGACAUUGAGUUUAGAAGAACUUUUGCCAGUGACUUUGAGAGAAUAUUAUAUUGUCUCCAUUUUUAUUAGAACAGUUUUAGUUAUUUCAUCUUUAGUUGUGGCCUUGAAUGUUCCAUUCUUUGCUAUUGUGAUGCAAUUACUUGGUUCUGUGUGCUCAAUGCUAGUGUCUUUUAUAUUUCCAUGUGCCUGUUAUAUCAGCCUAUUUAAAGGAAAAUUAACAAAGUUUCAGAUUGCAGGGUCUAUUUUCAUCAUGAUUGUGGGCAUGAUUUGUUCUUGUCUGGGUACACAUUCAGCUAUAACAAGACUCAUUCAACAACAAGUCAACUCUUGA